CCAACUUUAAGCCCUAUUCCUGGUACGUGUCAUGACUGCUUACCUAUUUUCGCCUCUGAUCGAAAACAAUAUCGUAGAAUCUCACUAAUACGGAUCACGCCGCAGGCACUCCCAGCAUCCCGAUGUCCUUAAGUAGAAGUCCCUCUCCCGUACCCGGAGGAGGCUGGUCUUCUCCAGGCCUCAACAUCAACUCCAGCGGUCGAUCCAGCCCAGCGAAAUCGUCCUUUUCAGGCCCCAACGGCGGUUCUGUGACGUGGGAAUCCGCACGACUAAAAAGCCAGGGUGUCACCGGUUACCCUUCAUUUUCUACCCAAAAUCAAGGCUUCUUUACACGACAUAUGCGACGCAUCUCGAGCAGCUUACCAUCCUUCAACGUGGCGACGGACGAAAGAUAUGCGGAGAAAGAGAAGCUCGGACGAGGCAGGUGGAAGAUCCCGCUGCUGGGAAGGGUCAGAGCGAUGAUCGCGAGAAUGGGUAGAAAGGGGAAGAUACGUGCGCUUCUAGCGCUAUUACUACUCACGUGUUACAUAUUAUUCUACAUCACACCCUUGUGGUAUUAUUGGAGAAGAACGGGCUGGCUAGGAGGCGGGGAAAAGUUUGUUAUUAUACUUGCCGCAAACAUCGGAGGCGGCGUAAUGGAAUGGAAGGGAGCGCGUGAGUGGGCUAUCGAAAGAGAUAGUGUCAGAAACAAACGAAAGUAUGUCGGAAGAUGGGGUUACGAUCUCGAAGUCGUCGACAUGAGUACCAAGAAGCGAUACGCGCACGAGUGGCGAGAAAGCUGGGAAAAGGUGGACAGCAUCAGAAACAGUUUUAGGAAAUAUCCAAAAGCUGAAUGGAUUUGGUGGCUGGACCUUAACACAUUUGUCAUGGAACCCUCCUAUUCGCUUCAACGUCACCUAUUCAACAAUCUGGAGAAGCACAUCUAUCGCGACAUAAACGAGUUUAACCCUCUCAACAUAACGCACCCCCUUCAAGCCAACUACUUGGAUCCGGUGUCAACGAGUGCAGUGGGUGACGGAGAUAUCGAUUCCGUGAACCUCAUGCUAUCUCAGGAUUGUUCGGGAUUCAAUCUUGGGUCCUUCUUUAUCAGACGAAGCGAGUGGACCGAUCGCUUACUGGAUAUAUGGUGGGAUCCAGUAGCCUAUGAACAGAAGCAUAUGGAGUGGGAACACAAGGAACAAGAUGCGCUCGAACAACUUUACACAACCCAACCGUGGAUCAGAAGCCACACAGCCUUCCUCCCGCAGCGACUCAUCAAUAGCUUCCCUACUGGAGCAUGCUCUGAUAACGGAAACGACACCCGCAUCCACUAUAAUGAGAAGGACCGGGACUUUGUCGUGAACAUGGCAGGUUGUGAGUGGGGUCGUGAUUGCUGGGGAGAGAUGUACAACUUCCGUGAGCUCAGCUAUUAUCUGAACCGCAAUCCUUGGGAACGAUUCAAGGAGGACCUCGUUGCCGUUAUCUGGUUUAAAUUGACUGGCCAGAAAGUUAAGUUAUAGGAUAACUCUCUUUCGGCCCCGUCAAUAUCCUGAUCUCGACGAGGUUCCUGGUUUGGAUUGUCGGGUUGCAUCUUUAUGUUUCUCUCUGGGAAUGUUAGAUUAUUUGUCCAUGGCCACGAAAUCUGACGUCUUGUCCCUGUUACUCGUGGUGCGAUUAGCAACUUUGCUCAUCGCUCAAUAUACCCAUUUUGCAUCCCAAUUGAAAGGACUCUCCCAGACUUCACCCAUACAAUCGUAUCUUUCAUCAGCUCCCCACCUACCCAGAUCAUACAUGGAAGGAGUAUAAUGGGACUACCUGAAGUAAAGAAGGGCUUGGUAGUUCAUGAACACAUGUAUUGAUAUGUGUGAUAUGUCAACCUUGAUACCGUGAGAGGAUUAAAUUCUCCUUGAUCAUCUCCGGCUCUAUGCUUUCCAGCAAUAUUAUGUUCGUAGGUGACUCAUGUGUGCUUUAAAUACAUAUAUUCGGAUAGCAAAUGCUGGCGUAGAAUAGGGGCGGAUUAAUGACGUAUGCAUAUCACAUUUCUUGCUUAAUAAACACAUUCUAUACAUCGAACAAUUCAUCUGAUUGGAAUCUGCGUGGGUAAGCGGUUAGGUGCGCCUGCUCCUGCCAAACAUUCAACCUAGUAUCCAUAAUGUUCAAUCAGAAAGAGCUUUGGAAGUUUGUG